AUGGCUGGUAUCGUGGUCGGCCAGUCGCAUUCUAUCACUUUAUCAAGACUCCCUUCACGGAACUCUCUCACCGACAGAGAUGCUGACAAUCAUUGUCCUUUGUCAACUCGCUCCUCCUCCGAGGACGAUGUAGCCCUCCUGGCCCCGAUCGAUGCGGUGGAAAACCAGGCCAAGGAUGAGAUAUCCCCUGGACUGGCCCGAAGGCUCUAUGUCUCCCAUUUUCUAUCCACAUGGAAUUUCCGAGGGUUCGAAUUCGGCGCUGUUUUGUUUCUCGCCAACAUCUUCCCAAACACACUGUUGCCUUUGUCUAUCUACGCUCUGGUCCGGGCGUUGGCUGCUAUCGUUUUCGCUCCCCUCGUCGGUCGGUACAUUGAUACAGCCCCACGUCUGAAGGUUGUUCGCAAUUCGAUUGUUUAUCAGCGUGGAGCGGUUGUUCUUUCAUGUGGCAUCUUCUAUGUUAUGCUCUGGCAACGGCCACACCUGAAGACGUGGAGUCUAUGUGCGCUGCUGGCCGUGGUUAGUGCUCUGGCUUGUGUUGAAAAGCUCUGUGCAAUCAUGAACACUGUCUCUGUGGAAAGAGACUGGGUUGUGGUCAUUGCGGGAGACAGCGAGGCAAUGCUACGGACCCUCAACUCUCAGAUGCGUCGCAUCGACCUUUUCUGCAAACUGACCAGUCCUCUGCUCAUCGCCUCAUUGGAAAGUAACAACACAAAAGUCGCCAUGGCCGUUAUGGGCGGGGUCAACGCUUUUUCGACCAUCACAGAAUAUUUCUUGAUUGCAAGGGUUUACGCGGCGUUCCCGAGUCUUGCGCGCAGCAAUCUGCCUGCCACCAGGGCCGAUGACUGCGGCCAUGAGCUGGGACAGGAAUCUCAGUCCACCCCACACACUCCCGUCCAGCUGUCGUUAUUGCGGUCAUUGAAGAUCUACAUGUCUCAAGGAGCCUUCUUGCCUUCAAUUUCACUGUCUGUCCUGUACUUGACGGUGUUGUCCUUCUCUGGACAAAUGGUGACAUAUCUUCUGGCCAGUGGUUACACCUCGACGAUUAUCGCGGUGAUUCGUUUGAUAUCGACCGGGUGUGAGAUGUCGGCCACCUGGAUGGCACCGGCCGCCAUGGCUUGGAUCGGGCCCAUCAGAUCUGGCCUUUGGUUUCUCAACCUCCAGAUGGUCUGUCUGGCCGUCGCCCUUGGUUUCUUCUGGAUGGCAGGAUCGCCAAUCUGGGCUGCUUCGGGACUGAUAGCAGGCACCAUUCUCAGCCGCAUUGGCCUUUGGGGCUUUGAGCUCUCGGCACAAGUGAUCAUUCAAGAACAGGUCGAGCCAGAAUAUCGUGGGUCUUUCUCGACAACCGAGUCAUCCUUCCAGAAUAUCUUCGAACUCUGCGCAUAUGUCUCGACCAUCAUAUUUCCUCGGCCCGCAAGCUUCAAAUGGCCCGCCACCAUGUCCGUCGCGGCCGUCUACAUUGCCGGGGCGUUGUACGCCAGCUUCGUGCGGCGGAGACGCGGUCAUUUGGUGCACGUUUCAAAGUGCCUAGAAGGCAGAAAACAGGCAGCCCUAGAAUCGCGAAGGGUCUACCAGCGAGGCAGAUCAGAUAUUGGAUAG